AUGGCAGCCCACCAAAGCCUGGCCUCGAAGAUCUUCUGUUUAUGCUGCAGAGACUGUGAAGAGCCCUGUGCCAUGGAUGACUCCAAGGUCCCCAGUCAAACCCAAGAGCCUCAGCCAUCGACCUGCAGCUUGCAGAAGGAGGAGGUGGCCAGCAAGAAUUCCACUGUAGAUGCUAACGAAGCCUCCCGCUUACCUUUGGGACAACCUCUGAUCCACCCAGAAAAGAGAGCCUCCUCCACCAGCAACAAUGAGUAUGAAGAACGGAACACACAUGUGUGCCCAAGAGGCUUUUACAAGAGAAACCUAAACCGCUACUCUCAGGAUCACUGUCCAUUCCAGCCGUGCCACAUUGGGAGACCCUGA